AUGCCGGCGCGGCGGCCCAGGAAGGGCAACCGCCGGAUCGACGCGGCCAUCGACCACUUCGGCGCCAUGGGCUAUGCCGCACGCGACAUUAGGGCCGUCGUCGCUGAUCUCCUCAAGGUGUACGGGGGCCCUGGCCCUGAUGUGUGGCGCGUACUGGAGGAAGGCUCCUACGAGCUUGUGCAAAACAGGAUCUUUGAGAUCGAGGAAGAGGAGAAGCAGAAGCAGGACCAACAGCUGCUGCUGGAGUAUCACCAACAGCAGGAUGGCCAGCAAGUGGAGGAUGAGCCUCCUCAGGUUGGGUGA